CGUGGACGUGGGGGUGGGGUGGGGCGGGGCGUCUGUGUGCAAGAUUGUUCUCUGUCCCACCAAGUCUCCGUCAGCCUGCUCCUCAGGAUCACCUGGGGAGCUUUCCGAUAAUACGGAUGCCGGCCCUCACCCGCUUCUCUGCCCCAGGCCCACAGAACCCCCAGCAUGGGGCCACCGCAUCAGUGUCUGUUAGAGGUUCCAGGGUGAUGCUCCAGGCAUCAGAUGCUGCAGUCGGGUGGGCCCCAGGGCUCACGGCGGGGCUGUCUCCUCUUACCUGACUGUUGCCGCAGCCCCCAGCCCUCCCUGGUCCCUGCUCCCCACACCACUGCUGCCUCCACCAGCCUUCCAGAAACAGAUAGGAUCUGACGCCCCAGCACAAAGGCCAGGCUCCUCGCCCUGGCCUUUGAGGCCCUCCGCGUCAGGCUUCCCUACUCAGAAAUGAGAUGACCAUUUCCCCCAGAGAGUCCUCCCUGUUCCCUUCUUCUCUCGAACCCCUGCCCUGCACAAACCCAUGUGCUGGUUCUGUGGGCUCUGCCUUCAGAAUAUACCUCGAAUCCCAACACUUCUCACCAUCCUGCCACCCACAGCUACUCCCCUGGCCUGGGCACUAUCAUCGCACACCUGUGGUGGCCCUGAGUAGUCUUGCCUCCCUCAGUCCACUCUCUACACAAUGGCCAAAGUGCUCUUUGAAAAAUAUAAAUCUGACCAUCACAUAAUAGAAUAUGAACUUCUAACCCUUGCUUAUAAGGCCCGAUGUUCCCCCUUCCAUGUCUUAAACCCUAUCUCCUUGUUCCCUCUAUUCCAUCCAUAUUGGCCUCCUUACUAUCUUGAAGCCUCAAUCACACUUAUACCCCAGGGCCUUUGCACAUGCUCUUCCCUCUGUCUGGAACACCUGUGUUCAUACCUGCUUGCAUAUGGGUGGCUCCUUCUUAUUGUUGGAGCUCAGCUCAAAUUUCUCAUUUUAAGAGAGGCUUAAAUGCCCCUCCUAAAAAAAAAAACUUUGUUUUUUUAAUAGCACUUAUCACUAAAUGUAUUAUAAUGAUUGCUUGUUUAUUACUGUCUGUCUCUCCCACUAGAAUGUGAGCUCCAGGAGGGCAGGGCCUUGGUCUUGUUCCCCACGGUGCCUCCUUUGCCCAGCACAGGGCAUGGUAUGCAGUAGGCACUCAAUAAAUGUGUGUGACUGAAGAAACAAUCGGACCCCUUUCAGCUCAUCUCCUAUCAUUUCCUCCCUCCUCCACCCCCCCCGACGGCGUUGUGUGCUCCAGUCCCACCCCUUCCCACCCUUCCCAAACCCCGUGCCCCAGAACUCCCUCCAUCCUUUCCUGCCCAUCUCCCCUCUGGCUCCCCGCUGCUUCUCCAGGCAGCCUCCCUCCUCUGCUAGCCAGUUGUCCCCCUCUCCUUGCUGGUUUGUCUGCCAGGCUGGGCUGUGGGUCCCAGUCCCUGGCACACAGGAGGCGCACAAUAAAUGCUUAGGUGCCUCUGUGGCCGUGAAGACAACAGGCCAUCCUGUCCUCACGGUUUCAGCCGCCUGCGUGCAGGGUUUUUGCUUCUGGGGAGCUUCCUGACCGCUGGGCCUUUUGGUGCCUUCACUGCCCUGUUCUCUGUCCUUCUGAGAACCGGGAGAUGCAAAGGCCCUGCAUCGCUCAGCCGGGGGCUGGCGCUGGACGCGGCAGCUGUAACUGACAGUGGUGUAGGUGUCGGUGCCACUUUGCUGCUGGGGAAGCCGAGGCUCACUGGGGUCAGGUAACUUGCUAAAGACUCAGAAUCUGACAGAACUGAGAUGUGACAGCACAGAGCUGGGACUUCCGGAGGCCAGACCACAGGGCUUUGCUCAGGGUACAGGUGAUUCGAGUCCCGGGUCUCAGACGUGAGGGGCUCUGGGGCCACCAGGAAGCCGAAGUCCCGGAAGGUGGGAGUCGUGUGCGAGCCAGCGCCACACCCCAUCAGGAGCAGAGCCUCUGUGAGUUUUCUCGAGUGGAUGCAGUUCCACCCAAGGGCGAGCAUCCCCUUUCUCUGGGGUCUGUGCUUUGCGACAAGGUGUUCUGACAGCCCCUUAGCUGGCUCUGUUGAGAAGCCCUUUGAGGGGUCCUGCUCAAAUCCCACUGCAUCCCAGAGAGAUGCGGGGGGCGGACAGGCUUCUCGGAGAGCCGUGUUCCCCACCUGGGGCUGGAGCAGACCUCGGAGCUGACCCAGGCCUGGGGAUUGUGGAGGGAGGAGGAAGUGACUUGGCCAAGGUCACCCAGUGGAUCUGUGGCCCCCCACGGCCCAUGGCCCCCAUGCUGCUGGAAGCCAGCCCUGGCCCCUUUCUCUUCUGAGACUUUAAUUAGGAAUUUUCCACAGCUGCCCCGGGACAGGGCAUGCAGGAUGGUGUAAGGGGAUGUUGGGCAGCUGGGAUUUUCGCCCGUCCAGUGGCAGUUUAAGAGCGAGGAGGUGAUAAGAUCUGCCCCGAGGCUGCGUGGGAGAGAAUGAGUAACUCGCAGCCCCCCCACACACAGACAGGGUGGGGGCUGCAGGCAAGCUGGAACACUGACCACAACUGGGGCUUUGUCCUAGAGCCCUCACCUUCGGGGUUGGGCCAGACUCCUGCAGAGGCCUCCUGAGAAGGGGCUGGAAAUCCUGAGAAGGAGCGGGCAAGCCUGGGAGUCAUUGAGAGGAGCCCCGAGAAGAGUCUUUUUUAAAAACUAACACAUGUGGUCAAUAUGUAAACUUUGCAAAAAGGACCACAGAGAUCAUAACCUUUGGGUUUGUCCUCAGGGCCUGUCGUCGUCAGCUCACCUCCAUGCCUGGCUGAGCUGGAAGGGCCCGAGGAGCUGCUUUGCACCCUGUCCUUGGGGUAACUGUCAGCCAAGGGCUCCCACGGCAGCCGCUUUUGCCCUCUUUGGUUCUGGACUCCUUUCAUUAUUCAUUCAACAACUGUUUGUCGAGGACCUACUCUGUGCUGUUCUAGUUGCUUGGGAUUAUCAGUGAGCGAGAUGAGCCCAGAUCCCUGCCCCUGUGGGCUUGCCCUCCCACAAGUUGGAUGAAAAAUAUGUCCCCCAUCCCAGAAAAAUGCACCGAAGUAUGAAAACUUGUCCACAAUUUUGUGGGGCUCCUAGACCCCGCUGUGAGCAGCCUCAUCUUGGAGGGUGUCUCUCUAAUGCAGUUUCUGCUCUAACACCAUCUGAGCAUUUCCACGUGGCCCUAAAGUUGGGCAUGCCUGUCCCAGGCCCCUCUGGGCCGGGAACGGGGGGAACAUCACCAGCCAGGCAGGCCCCCUCUGUAAGUUCUUAGUCAAUGAGUGCUGACUUGCUGUCGGAGGUCAUGGAGCCCAAGGACUCCAAACAUCUGAUUGCUGGUCCUCCGGGGACCUGUGUGAGCCCCAAGAGGCCAUUUGAGAGGCAGGGCAGGGAGGGAGAGAAAAAGUGACCCUCCAUGUCCCCCCCAGGAUGGCCGGAGCCUGAGGAUAAGCCAAGCUCAGAAGCCUGGAGCUGGCGGUGGCCUUGGCUUCUCAUCCAUCCUCUUCCUCCAGAGGAGCAACUCGUCCUCCAAGCCUCCAGUCAGGGGUCUGCCCCAGCCCUGGACGUCCCCACCCGGACCCUCCUCCAGGGGCGGCUCUCCCAUUGCCCUCACCACACAGCUCGCCUGGUCUGUUUCCAUGCCCAUCUCCCGCACUGACUCAGCAACACUGUGAGCGAAGCCUUGGGGCCCACUGUCUAUGUUCCUGGCUCCCCUCACUGCUCACAGCAUGCAGGAUGGUCAAUAAAGGUUUGUCGGGUGAAUGGCUGAAAGAUGCAAAACCCAGCAGGGGUGACAAAGAGACCUAGUUUUCUUUUAAGCUGCUAGACCACCCGCCCGGGAAGCAGACCCUGAGACACAGGUGAGCGUGCAGGGCAUUCGCCAGGGAGGGCUCUUGGGUUGGUACCUCUGGGGAGAAGGGAAGGAAGCAGGACUGGGCAGAGGGAGGAGUGUGCUGCUGUGUGGACACAAAGCCUCGGCUGCCACAGGGGAGCUCGGGAGCAAGGGUGGCCCUUCAGAGCUGGGGGCAGGGCACCGGGCCUUUACACAUGGCAUCCCUCAGUCACUGGAUGAGGCCCCAGGGGAACGGUGGCCACAGGCAAGGCCAUCGCCAUAGGGGCUGACACUGAGAGCCCUUGCAGCAGCUAGGGGAACGCCCACCAUACUAUCACCUCUCCAAACCCCGCCCCCCUUCUGUGUCACCCCCACAACUCAAAUUUCAGCCCCACCCCUGCAAUGGCUUCGGUGUCUCUGGUGACGAGGGUGCUCCCACGGCCACUGUGCAUUGAGGCCUCGGGGCUGCUGGUCAAACUGGAGCCCGGCCUGGCCCAGUGCUGGAAUGGGGCCUUUGCCCCCUGCCCACUGUGGAAGCCGGGGGCUCUCUGCCUGGGCUGGCCCGGCGGGAGUGCUGACUCCUUGGCCUCUGUAACCAGUGGCUCUAUAGGCAGAGCCCGGGGAAUCUCCGGUGUGGGGGAUGGGGGGUGGGUGCCCAGUUGCCCAGCAGUCCACUGGCUGGCCACAAGCCCCAGGGGCUCGUCCGUCCACGUUUGGCUGCAGAUCACACCUGGUACCUGCUGAACUCUGGUUUGGGGGCACUUGUUCAUAGUGGUUUAUACAUCCUGAGAUGUCUCUGGAAGGAGAUGCUAGACUGGGAGUCAGAGGUCCAAGUAAGAGAGACUGACCUUUUGUCUACAUACAUGAUCUUUUUAUAUGUCAUACCAUUCAUCUAUUGAAAAAUACUAGAAAAAUAAAAAAAUAGAACUAACUACUACCUCCUAAAAUGAGAGUUUUUGAAUCUGCACACGGUGGGUCCUCAGGUCCUCAGGCCGUCUCUAGGGCCCCUCUGGUGAGUACUUCCUCCUGGGGUCCUGGCUGCAGGGGUCCCCUGCCCCCGGAUUCAGAAGAGCCUCCCAGGCCCAGGGUCCAGGGUGGCUGCCCCGUGGCUCAUGGGGAGGCCGCUAUCUCAGCCAUCAGACGGUGGGCAGGACGGCAGUGGGCACGGCUCCACCCCCACCCUGUGCAGGGACCCCGCUCACCAGCUGCGGGCGGUUUGAGCCAACCUCCCUGCCUCCUCCCUGCCGUGGGCCCAGCCUAUAAAGCCACCCGGCAUGUCCCCGCUGACCCUGGCCCCCUCCCCAACACCCAGAGCCACAAUGGCCGAGCUGCCGGUGUCAGAGACGCCUGGGGACCCUGCUCUGUGCAGUGGGCGCUUCACCAUCAGCACGCUGCUCGGGGGCGAUGAGCCCCCCCAACCAGCUGCCUAUGACAGCAGCCACCCCAGCCACCUGACCCACGGCAGCACCUUCUACAUGCGCACCUUCGGCUACAACACUAUCGAUGUGGUACCCGCCUAUGAACACUAUGCCAACAGCGCCCUGCCCGGUGAGCCCCGGAAGGUCCGGCCCACCCUGGCGGACCUGCACUCCUUCCUCAAGGAAGGCAGCCACCUGCACGCCUUGGCCUUUGACAGCCGGCCCGGCCAUGAGAUGACCGAUGGGCUGGUAGAGGACGAGGCAGGUACCGGCGGCGAGAAGAGCCCGGCAGAGCCCGUGCGCUUUGGCUGGGUCAAGGGGGUGAUGAUCCGUUGCAUGCUCAAUAUCUGGGGUGUGAUCCUCUAUCUGCGGCUCCCGUGGAUCACGGCACAGGCGGGCAUUGUCCUGACCUGGAUCAUCAUCCUGCUGUCCGUCACGGUGACCUCCAUCACCGGCCUCUCCAUCUCGGCCAUCUCCACCAACGGCAAGGUCAAGUCAGGUGGCACCUACUUCCUCAUCUCCCGGAGUCUUGGCCCAGAGCUAGGGGGCUCCAUCGGCCUCAUUUUUGCUUUCGCCAACGCUGUGGGUGUGGCCAUGCACACUGUGGGCUUUGCAGAGACCGUGCGGGACCUGAUCCAGGAGCACGGCGCGCCCAUCGUGGACCCCAUCAACGACAUCCGCAUCAUCGGCGUGGUCACUGUCACGGUGCUGCUGGGCAUCUCCCUGGCCGGCAUGGAGUGGGAAUCCAAGGCCCAGGUGCUCUUCUUCCUGGUCAUCAUGGUCUCUUUUGCCAACUACCUGGUGGGGACGCUGAUCCCCCCGUCAGAGGACAAGGCCUCCAAAGGCUUCUUCAGCUACCGGGGCGACAUUUUUGUCCAGAACCUGGUUCCCGACUGGCGGGGUGUGGAUGGCAGCUUCUUCGGGAUGUUCUCCAUCUUCUUCCCCUCGGCCACAGGCAUCCUGGCCGGGGCCAACAUCUCCGGGGACCUCAGGGACCCCGCUGUAGCCAUCCCCAAGGGAACGCUCAUGGCCAUUUUCUGGACCACCGUCUCCUACCUGGCCAUCUCAGCCACCAUCGGCUCCUGUGUGGUUCGUGACGCCUCGGGGGACCUGAACGACACGAUGACCCCCGGCUCUGGUGCCUGCGAGGGGCUGGCCUGUGGCUACGGCUGGAACUUCACCCACUGCUCCCAGCAGCACAGCUGCCGCUACGGCCUCAUCAACUACUACCAGAGCAUGAGCAUGGUGUCCGGCUUCGCACCCCUGAUCACGGCAGGCAUCUUUGGGGCCACCCUCUCCUCUGCGCUGGCCUGCCUCGUCUCUGCCGCCAAAGUCUUCCAGUGUCUGUGCGUGGACCAGCUGUACCCACUGAUCGGCUUCUUCGGCAAGGGCUAUGGCAAGAACAACGAGCCGGUGCGCGGCUACCUGCUGGCUUACGCCAUCGCUGUGGCCUUCAUUAUCAUUGGGUAUGAACUAGACAAACCUCAUUUCUCGGCCCUUGAGCUGCUGGACCCCUUGGGCCUCAAGGGAGGGGAUGCCCUCAGAGAAAGAGCCCAGAGAAUCACUGAGCUCAACACCAUUGCCCCCAUCAUCUCCAACUUCUUCCUGUGCUCCUACGCUCUCAUCAACUUCAGCUGUUUCCACGCCUCCAUCACCAACUCGCCCGGAUGGAGGCCUUCGUUCCGCUACUACAGCAAGUGGGCGGCACUGUUUGGGGCGGUCAUCUCCGUGGUCAUCAUGUUCCUUCUCACCUGGUGGGCGGCCCUCAUUGCCAUCGGCGUCGUCCUCUUCCUACUGCUCUACGUCAUCUACAAGAAGCCAGAGGUGAACUGGGGCUCCUCGGUGCAGGCCGGCUCCUACAACCUGGCCCUGAGCUCCUCGGUGGGCCUCAACGAGGUGGAGGACCACAUCAAGAACUACCGCCCCCAGUGCCUGGUGCUCACGGGGCCCCCCAACUUCCGUCCGGCCCUGGUGGACUUUGUGGGCACCUUCACCCGGAACCUCAGCCUGAUGAUCUGUGGCCACGUGCUUGUGGGACCCCGCAAACAGAGGAUGCCUGAGCUCCGGCUCAUCGCCAACGGGCACACCAAGUGGCUGAACAAAAGGAAGAUCAAGGCCUUCUACUCGGACGUCAUCGCCGAGGACCUCCGCAGUGGCGUCCAGAUUCUCAUGCAGGCCGCCGGUCUCGGGAGAAUGAAGCCCAACAUUCUGGUGGUCGGGUUCAAGAAGAACUGGCAGUCGGCUCACCCGGCCACGGUAGAGGACUACAUCGGCAUCCUGCACGAUGCUUUUGAUUUCAACUACGGUGUGUGUGUCAUGAGGAUGCGUGAGGGGCUCAACAUCUCGGAGAUGAUGCAGGCACACAUUAACCCCGUGUUUGACCCAGCGGAGGACCGCAAGGAAGCCAUCGCCCGCGGGGCCAGGCCUUCUGUCUCCGGCACACUGGACCCCGAGGCCCUGGUGCGGGAGGAGCAGGCCAGCACCAUCUUCCAGUCGGAGCAGGGCAAGAAGACCAUCGACAUCUACUGGCUAUUCGACGAUGGAGGCCUCACCCUCCUCAUCCCCUACCUCCUGGGCCGCAAGAAAAGGUGGAGCAAGUGCGCGAUCCGUGUGUUUGUGGGCGGCCAGAUCAACAGGAUGGACCAGGAGCGGAAGGCGAUCAUUUCUCUGCUGAGCAAGUUCCGACUGGGCUUCCAUGAAGUUCACGUCCUUCCCGACAUCAACCAGAAGCCGCGGGCUGAGCACACCAAGCGGUUUGAGGACAUGAUCGCACCCUUCCGCCUGAACGAUGGCUUCAAGGACGAGGCCACGGUCACUGAGAUGAGGCGGGACUGCCCCUGGAAGAUCUCGGAUGAGGAGAUUAACAAGAAUAGAGUCAAGUCCCUUCGGCAGGUGAGGCUGAACGAGAUUCUGCUGGAUUACUCCCGAGAUGCCGCUCUUGUUGUCAUCACCUUGCCCAUAGGGAGAAAGGGGAAGUGCCCUAGCUCGCUGUACAUGGCCUGGCUGGAGACGCUGUCCCAGGACCUCAGACCUCCUGUCAUCCUGAUCCGAGGAAACCAGGAAAAUGUGCUCACCUUUUACUGCCAGUAACUUCACGCUUGCCGUGCCCUCCCAAAGCCAAGGGCGCACGGGAUGUCCACCUCUCCUCGGGGACGAGAUUCACGUUCUAUUGCACUUUAAGCUGUAGCAUCGGAUGAUCCCACUGAAGAAGCUGGUGGCUCCGAACAACUGGCCCCCACCCCCUCGGACCUGUCCUCUGGGCUUUGUGUUUAUGGACUGGAGAAGUAGCAGAUGGAGUCACACGGAAAAUUCUCUGGGGGACACAUAGUCCUUUUAAGUUUUCUUUUGAUCCUAAUUAUAACUAAUCAAAUUUCAGCCUUUGAUUUACAUACAAAUCAGAGUCAGAGCGGGGGUACGAGCAUUGACACUUUCUACUGACUUUCCCUGGGGGACCCCCUAACCAAGCCCCCGUCCUCUGACGGUCAGGAGAAUGGGCGCCCCACCUGUGGCCCUCACAGGAGAACUGCAGGGCUCUUUGAGCCUCCAAAAUAAUGCAAAUUUCUUUAACCACCUCUCACUACCUUCACUUUCAAUAAUAAUGUGUCUUCAGUGU